CUGUCCAGCUAUGAAAGCCAGAUAGUGAAAUUACGGUCAGAAAUGGAGAAAGGAGAGGUUGUUCGACAAAGCCUGGAGUAUGAAUUGGCAAUUGCCAGAAAAGAUGCUCGUCUGAAAAAGAAUGCUGCAGAAGAGGAGUUAAGUGAUGCAAAAAGCAAACUUGUGGAACUGCAAGUGUUGAAUGAAAAACUUCAGCAGAAAGUGGCAGAGACUGAGAAAACGUUUCAUAUUGCUCAGCAGAAGUGGAAAGAACAACAGCAAAGGCUUGCAAGUGAGAAGGAUGAUGUCCGCAGAACUUGCAGUGGUGAAUACGAAUUGCUUCUUAAGGAAAAAAACAAACUAGAAAGUGUUUUGCAGGAGCAGAAUAAUGCACUGCAAAAUAUACGCAAGAAAAUGAGAGAUGUGGAAGUGGAACACAAUGGCUGUACUGAGCAGCUGAGGCGCCAGGCCAAUGAGCUUGAAUACAGCGCUGAACGAGAGGAGCGACUUAAAAAAGAACUUGAAGCAGCUACAGUGAGAAUAAAGAAACUGGAAGAAAACAUUGAAGCAGAGAGAGCGGCGCAUUUGGAAUCCAAAUUCAAUUCAGAAAUCAUCCAGUUACGAAUUCGAGACCUUGAAGGAGCUUUGCAGGUGGAAAAAGCCAGCCAAGCAGAAGCUCUUUCGGAUUUAGAAAUGAUCAAGAAAGAGUUCAAAGAGGUAGAAAAUGCAUAUGAAAGAGAAAAACGCAAUGCCCAAGAGAACUUGGAAAAGCUCAGUAUAUUAGAAAGAGAGUGUUUUGCCACGAACAAGCAAAUGAAUGAGAAGAUUGAGGAAAAGAAGAACGUAAUUAAAGACCUCUCUGAGAGACUAGGGAAUAAUGAAAAAACCUGCGGAGAAUUACAGGAGGAACUUGCAAUGGCCAAGAAACACCAGGUCUUUCUAACAGAGACGUAUGAAAACAACAUGAGAGAGCUGGAGUUACUCUUGGACAGCUUUGCUAUGUCAGGCCAGCGGACAGCAGGCACUUGUAAGGACAAAGAUAAACCUCCAAGCCUUUCUGUCCUUGAGACUUUGAGGUGUACCUUGACAGCUUACCAGAACAAGCUGGAAGAUAUGUCUAAUGAGCUUGGGAAAAAGAAGGCUUUGUGUGAAAAGAUGACAAAAGAACUUGAGAUAUCCAAAGAGAAAAUGUGUGCUUUAAGUCAAGAUUUUAAGGAAGCUCAGGAUAACCUGGCUGAUGCCAAUAAAGAGUUAAAUCAUCUGCACACUAAGUGUGCAGAGAGAGAGACUUUAAUAGGAACUUUAAAAGUGGAACUACAGAAUAUGCGGCAAUGCUGGGAGAAGGAGAAAGUACGUGCCACAGAAUUUGAAAAUGAAAUCCAGAAGCUUACCAGGGCUUACCAGAAGGAUGUGGAGGAGAAGCUAACCUUCCUCCAUAGCUUAUACCAGCGUUUGGUAGCAGGCUGUGUGCUUAUAAAACAACCAGAAGGCAUCCUAGACAGAUUCUCUUGGUCUGAGCUUUGUGCAGUCUUGCAGGAGAAUGUUGAUGUCCUGAUCUUAGACCUCAACAGGGCUAAUGAGAAGAUAUAUCACCUAGAAUAUGUUUGUAAGAACAAAUCCGAUACUAUGAAGGAGCUUCAACAGAGCCAGGAAGAUGCUUUUAGCAAAAUGGCUGAACAAAUGAAAGCCCAGGAAAGCUGCUGGCAGAAACAAAAAAAGUAUCUGGAACAGCAGUACUCGGGUCUCCUUGGGGAAGUUCAUGCAAGGGCACAGCAAUACCAAGCAACAGCAGAGAAAAACAAGGAAGAAAUUUAUGUGCUUGAAAAAAGACGGGAGAAAUUGGCCCUUGAAAAUGUUUCUGUGAAAAAUACGUUAAUGCAGAUUCAGAAGGAGCAUUCAUCUCUCCUGGCAGCCUGUGCACUCUUGGCAGGGGGCCUGUAUCCUCUCUAUGGCCGAUCGUGUGCUAUGUCUUCACAAAGAGACCUUCUCCAAGAUCAGGUCAACAUUUAUGAAUCGGUGAACCAGGAGAUUAGGACCCUAGUUCAUGCUCUCUCUGAUGUAGAGGAAGACAAUCAAGAUGAAGCAAAACUGAAGAAACGAAAAGUCAAAGGCCUAAUUCGUGUAUUCCGAAGAGCUGUGAUUGCAGUUUUGGCAGCUAACAGACUUAAAGUUUUAGCCCAGACUUCUAGUUCCCUCUUCUGGGUAAAUGGCUUCAAGGAAGGCAUUAGUAUUCUAGUUUGUGUAGGAGACUCCAAAGGCAAGCGUAAUCUGUCAAGUUGUGAAGAGGAACAAAUUCACUGUGGUGAAGCACUCAGCUGGUUUACUAGUUCCAACCUCCUUGCUGCAAUAAUCAGUUCUGUCACUGAAUUACAGGAUGUUGUUAACAAAACAGAUCCAAAGCCCUGGCUUUCUGGACACUUACUUGUAAGCGCAGCCAGGAAUUCCUUUUCAAAACUUAUGGACAAGCUGAAUGUAAUAAUGGAGGCUGUUCCACUAGACAGCAGCAGGAGCAUUACUUACCUGGAGAAAGGCUCCUUGGUAGAGAGGCUGGCUCAUGGACUUAAUAAAAUAAAUACCAAGGCCCUCGAAGCUGGAUUGUGUGACAGACUACCCAUAAUGAAAAGCAUAGCAUCCUUGCAGAAGCAAAUAUUUGAAUUUACACAAAGACUUCAUACAGCAGAGGUGGAACGCCGCUCACUGCGCCUAAAACUUGCAGAAUUGAAAUGGAAUUUCAGUGAGGUGAAAAAAGAAGCUGACAAAGCCCAGAGCCUACAACAACAAUUAAAUAUCUUUAAGGAAUCUAAAUUGAUCACACAUGAGAGGUUUGAAAGUGCAUGUGAAGAAUUAAAUAAUGCAUUACAUCGGGAGCAUCAGGCACAAGUGCUUUUGAAUGAACAGGCGCAACAGCUACAGGAGUUAAAUAAUAAACUAGAAUUACACUCCAGUGAAGAAGCAGAUAAAACCCAAGUCUUAAGUGAAACUGUAAAG